AUGGAGAUUUUUAAGAAGCUGGAGAUUACCAUACCCUCCUUUGAAGCAUUGCAACAAAUGCCUUCGUAUGCAAAGUUUUUGAAGGAGCUCCUCACGAAGAAAAGAAAAUACAGUGCAAAGGAGACUAUUGAAGUACAAGGUAAUUGUAGUGCAAUCAUACAAAAAUUAUUAUCUCCUAAGUUUAAAGAUCCAAGAAGCUUCACCAUUCUGUGUACCAUAGGAGAGUUGGAAGUUGAAAGAUCAUUGAUUGAUUUGGGAGCUAGCAUUAAUUUAAUACCACUCGCUAUGUUCAAAAGAAUUGAAGGUUUGGAACUCAAACCUACUAGAAUGGCACUCCAAUUGGCGGACAGGUCUCUUAAAUAUCCGUAUGGGGUGGUUGAAGAUGUGCUGGUGAAGGUAGACAAAUUUGUAUUUCCAGUGGAUUUUGUCAUAAUGGAGAUGGAGGAGAAUGGAGAUGUGCCUCUUGUCCUGGGGAGACCAUUUAUGAAGACUGCUAGAGUUUUAAUUGAUGUCAAGAAUGGCAAGCUUAAAGUGAGAGUGCAAGAUGAAUAA